CCGGGCAAGCUUUUAAAGAUCGUGUUAAUCGUUUGAGCUCAUUAAAAGAAACGUUUUCUCUUCCGUCACCCGUUGAGAUUUCUCCCCUCAUCGUUGACCGGAAAUACACUCGAAAUGAGAUACUCGUCGAUGACGAUCUGCGUCAUCGUGGCACUCGCGCUGCCGAAAUCUAUCUGUGGACAUCCUGCGGUUGACAACGGCAGGUCGGUCUUGAAUAUGUUGGAAUCACGUGUUUCAAAGCUAGAAGAUAUCUCAGAACCAAAAGCGAUCUCAACGCUCAUUCAGCAGAGAAACUUACCGAUUCCGACUAAAUUACGACAAAGACGUUUGUCGGAUCAAAGACUAGCCGAGCUAGAGACGCUAAUGAGUUUGUCAAAACUUUAUUCUCAAUCGCUUAUUACGACAUCUGGACAUGGACAACCAGAUCCAAGGAUAAUUGGCCGGCGAAGACGUUUUACGAUGAAUCAGACUACACCGAGUUAAUAAUGUAUCUAUUAAAGCGAAACAUCGGAAAUCGCGUGUAUCCUCUAAUUAUAAGUAAAUAUUUUAUUUUAUUAUUACGGAUUACACAAGAACUUCGCUCGCAGAUUGCGAAUCUUUUUUGUAUAAUCUACGUCUUCGUAACAAAACGUCUUCGAUGAAAGAAUGCGAAAAAUGAGGGACAUGGUGACGAAGAUCACGUCUUUUUGCAAUGAUAUGCGGCAUUAGCGCCACACUAUUUUGUAUAAAUCAUGAGUUAUGAUAAUUGUAUGUAUCGUAAAUUCGAAAGUCAUCUGUACUCCGAGAAUAACGCAAGGCUAUCGCUGUCGCUGUAUCAGUGAUAAAGUCAUCGCAGCGGUUGUUCGAUUCACGACGGCACGGCGCGGCGGUGCUCGUGCCGUUUCUUAUCACCGCGCACGCGACAUUUCGCAAUUAUUUCUAUUUGCAUUAAAAAAAUAAUGAGUUGAUUACGUUCUGAGAUAAAAGAGAGAGAAAGAUUAGAAUUUUUAUAUUUUACAUUAAUAAUUUGUAGUAUGUGUCUAAUCGUGAAAGAUUAAUUCCAAUCGUUUAAUGAAUAUUUACAUGCUUUUGACGUUAUUAUAAUUUAUUUUAUUUUCAGUUGAGUAGACUGAUAGCGUCCGAAAAAUGAAAGCGUGCAUUUCGUAUCACGAUGAAUGAGCCUGGUAUAUAAAGAGAACAUUCUUUGACACAUUUAAUUGUUUUACGAAAUAAUUACUUUAGGAGUUAGCAAAAUUACAAAACAAAGAUUGAUGUAUAACGACUGGGGUAGGGAUGUAUGAAGAAUAUUACAGAUUCUUUAGA